AUGAGGCUGCAAGAAGAUGAUUUACUGGGCGAAGAUGAGGAGAUUGGUGAUGGUAGCGGCUAUGCAGCUGAAUGUAUUCGUGAGCCACAUUCUGAUAACGAGGACGCCGAUUAUGUUGUGAGUGAUCACGACACCAAUUCGGAAUGCUCCGAGACUGAAGAACUCCCGUUCUUCUUAACUUCUGUACUAUUCUUAGUAACUUGGACAACAUACCAUGCCUUAGAAUGUCUAAGGCAUGAAGCUGAGAUCACGACCGGUUGA